GCGGUUUUCUCACAUCGUUUUCUGGCAUACAGCAACAUUGAACUGAGAUUUCUUUUCCGAGGAGCUUUUACACUUUACACCAUACACUCUUCAGUUCAGUUCAUUCUACUGUGGAACGUUGUCGUGUAAAGUUUUAUAGCGGUUACGAUAUUUUUACGAUUCAUUCGGUUGCGUUGCACUAGUUGUUUAUCGCCAGUUCAUUGCAAUAUACCAAAUUUGGAACGUGAAUUAAUUAAAUAUUUAUGCGGUGGUGAAUGAACGAGAGGAUUUUAUAGUUUUAAAAAAUAUAUUUUUUUUAAUUAACCAAAUUGAAUACUCUUGUUAUAAAAUUGACAGUGACAAAUUAAAUCGGAAAAGGAUAUUUUCCAAUUGUUUUUUAUUUUAUUUUUUGAAAAAUAUAUAUUUUCCGAAAUGUAUAAAUGAAAUUAUAUUGCAUUACGGCAGUUAAACGAAAAUCGAUAUGACUUUGAUUUGAAAAGUAAAUAAGAUAAAACCGAAUUACGGUGGAUGCAUUAUAAAUGCAUUUUAUAAAUUCAAAACGUCUAUGGAUGGACUGUUUAAAAUGCAUUUUAGGAAGUAAAUAAAUAAUUAAUUUAAUAGAUUUUAGUGGGAAUUAUAUUUGAAAAUGUCAUGAAUUUAUAUAUAAUAUCAAUUACCAUCCAUAUAAUUGUGAAAAACGAAUUAAAAAAUUAAAUUAAAGGAACAACUUGACGUGCUGCAUAUGUGUCUGUGUGUGGUGUGACACAAAUAAUGCUUGAAUUGAAAUUAUGAAGUGUUUGUUAAUUGUGGUCUAUUCAUUAAAAAUGAAAAUGUGUUAAUUAAUGUUUUCCAUAGUUGCAUUAAAUCAAACAAAUUAGCUCUAAGAUUGAGAAGAAAUUCUUUUUGGAUUUGUUUGUGUAAACUUUUUAAAUUGGAUAUAUAUAAUUCGGAAUACACACUGCAGGCAUAAAUCAACACAAAAGAAGAACUGUCGCUGAUUGGACAUUGGUUAAAUAUUAUAUAUGGAAUUUCCCAUAAAUUAACGUUUUAUAUAAAAAAUGGUGCUAACAUUUAACAGAUGAAAAUGGAUCUACGGCAUAUUAUUAUUUAUGUGAGUGUUUCAACUUACUUGAUAUCAACCGUAGUCAGUGAUCAUCAUGGUGCGAAUAAAACAAUAGAUGGUGUGUGGCCGACAGAAAGUGAUUUGGAAAAUGAAUUAGAGAAACGUGUCAAAAACAUUGGAUGGUCAUCAUGGUCGGAGUGGUCGACAUGUUCUCGUUCUUGUGAUGGUGGUGUAGCACAACAGUUGCGUCGAUGUCGUGCUCCGAACGGUUGUCGUGGCGAACCAGUUCGACAUAAGAUUUGUAAUAUGCAGGCGUGCCCAGAAUCACAAGACUUUCGAGCCGCCCAAUGUGCUGCGUUCGACGAAGUUCCUUACGAUGGCCAGUUGUAUAAGUGGACGACACAUUACGACUAUUCAGAGCCAUGUGCUCUGACGUGCAGAGGUCGACCAGCCCAUUUGCCAGAUGAUAGCGACGACAGAGAUUCCCUUGGUCUAGACGAGGAGCCAAUUGUUAUCGUUCAACUAUUGAAUCGAGUUCAAGAUGGUACGAGAUGCCGUACCGGCAGUUUAGACAUGUGUAUUCAAGGAAAAUGUCAGCGUGUUGGUUGUGAUUUAAAGAUUGGAUCAGCAAAAAAGGUAGACGCAUGCGGUGUUUGUGGUGGUGAUGGAACUUCUUGUACACAACCUCUUUACAACUGGGAGAUAGCACCAAUGUCACUUUGUUCAGUUACGUGCGGAGGAGGCUACAAAAUGUCCAGACCGACUUGUCGAAAUCGUGUUACUGGCGGCGAUGUAGAUGAACAGUUAUGCAGUGGUAUCACCAGACCAGAACCAGCUGUGGUACAAUGUAAUACACACAUGUGUCCGCCAAAGUGGAUUGCGGACGAAUGGAGUGCUUGCACCAAAACAUGUGGUGGUGGUAUAAUGGAACGAACAGUUAUUUGUACCGAAGAGAGUAAUGGUAUUAAGAAUAAGGUCCCAGACGACGUUUGCCGAAGCACAAAGCCAUCAAAUGUGGAACAGUGUAACGUACACGAUUGUCCCAAGUGGAUUAUACGAGAAUGGUCGGGCUGUUCGGUAUCCUGUGGAACCGGAAUUCAAGUGAGAAAAAUCGAAUGUGUGGAUGGCUUAGGUGGCUUGAGUACAGGUUGUGAGAUUAGUGCAAAACCGACAACAACACAAGAGUGUUCAACGGGCAUUCCGUGUUCGAGUGAACAACACAUUGACCAAACUAGUAGUGAGGAGGACGAUGGACAUGUCGAUUCAUAUGAGCAUCCAGGACACGCCGAAAAUGUUCAAACCGAAACCAAUGAAGGACAUGAUGAGCACCAUGAGGAAGACCAUGAUGACACACACGAAGACGUUCACGACGAACAUUCGGCUGAACAUAUUUCGUAUGCUGAUCAACCGAGUCGCCAACAUCACAUGACAAAGUCGCAUGUGCAUCAUGAUGAGUUGCCGCCGAUUGCUGCUAGGCUAGUUCAUGAUAAUCAGGAGGUGCCCAGUGAAGCAACAUUCGUCAAGGACAGAGACUGGUCACCCUGCAGCGUGACAUGCGGCGAAGGAGUUCGUCGUAAAUUCUAUCGCUGUAAAAUAUUUUUGGAGCUAUCUAGAACUGUAGCAACAAUACAUAAUGAAUCGUUGUGCUCAGGACCUAAACCGCAAGCAGAAGUCGAAAGAUGCCUAAUGGAACCGUGUUCACUUGCUUAUGGGUAUGACGAUUCCUAUCCCAGAGAUUCUAUAAAAGUUGGAGUUUCUGAGCCGGGGAAGACAUAUGUUUGGCGAGAACAGGGCUAUACGAGUUGUAGUGCUUCCUGCUUGGGUGGCGUAGAAGAGUUAAUUGUAAAUUGUAUUCGAGAGGAUACCGGGAAAGUGGUCUCACCAUUUUUAUGUUCGCCUGAAACGAAACCAGAGGCACGAAUUCGGACCUGCAAUGAUCGACCCUGUCCUCCGAGGUGGAACUAUUCGGAUUAUUCACCAUGUUCUAAGUCCUGUGGCAUUGGUAUUAGAGAAAGAGAGGUACAAUGUAUACAUGAAGUGACAAGGGGUGGUGAAAAUACGAUGGUCGUUCCAAACAACAUGUGUCCACAACCACCUCCGCUAGAGCGUCAAUACUGUAAUGUUCUUGAUUGUCCAGUCAGAUGGGAGGUAUCUGAGUGGUCAAAGUGCUCAAAACAUUGUGGAAGUGGAAUAAAGGAAAGACGGGUGGAAUGCAAACAAAUUAUGGCUCAAGAGCACAAAGUGGAAAGGCGACCGGAAUUGUGUCCAAGUAUCAAGCCUCAAGAGAAAAAACCAUGUAAUGCCAAACCCUGUGCCCCUGAAGAUCAAAAACCACCAAUACAAUCUAGUAACUCUACAUAUAUUCAACAUGAUCCGAAGAAAAAUAAGGUAACAUUAAAAAUUGGUGGCGCCGCGACAGUUUUUUUCGGGACACAAGUCAAAAUCAAAUGUCCAGUCAAAAGAUUCAAUCGGACCAAAAUUCAAUGGAGUCGAGAUCGCAAAACCCUACGUAAAUCGAAGAAAAUCAAAAUUUCGAAAAAGGGUGCACUUCGAAUUUUAGAUGUGACCUAUCGCGAUCAAGGCACCUACGCGUGUCAUGCCGGUUUAAGUGUGGCUGAUUUGAAAUUGACGGUCAAACCGAAACCGGGUGAUAGCAUGCCAGUACAGCAAGGAGAUUAUGAAGAUGAAUAUGACGACGGACAUAAUACGUUGGGUGAUCAUACGCGAGCGGAUUCUCAACAAUAUCCGUUAGUUGAUGGCAGUGUUGAACAUGCAAAAACGAAACAACGUGAAAGGAAUAAAAAUCGCAAUAGACAAAAAGGUUCCGACAAUAUGCGGCAUGCUGAUAGCAAUAUUGCAGACAAUCCGAACGAGGAACAAUUAAACGACGAUAGUCCUCAUACUGCAGCCAGUAGUUCGGGUAGCCGAACGGUAGCGAUGCCACAUUUUCAGCAGUUGCUAGUGAGCUUACAGUUUUUCUGGCCAUUUCAGAGUUUCAGCAAUUCGCGCGGCCAUCAAAUGCUUGUUGAUCGGGGAAUGGAUUUCCGAUAUGAGUUAGAACAUUUGGAGCAGGAUGUACCAGUUGGUAGUUUCGGCGGUCUGCAUCCAAUGGAAUUGUUGAAUGGAGAUGCACAUAAUGUCACUGUACUUGGGCAAGGGGAACGAGAUAAAGUCAAGUUUGAAUGGAUGAUAACACCAUGGUCUGAAUGUUCUCAAAGUUGUGGAGAAGGAUUAGGCAUCAAGUCUCGAAAAGCUCAUUGCAUGGUUCGUCUUGACAAUGCAACGCUGAAUGUGCAAAACGACUUAUGUGAAGAUGCUGGUCUAUCUGUGCCGGAAACGAUUGAAAAAUGCGGACUCGUUGAGUGCCCACAUUGGGCAACCACUAAUUGGACGGAAUGUUCGCAAUCGAGAUGCAUCAGUCGACACAAGGCAAUCCAACAGCGUAAAGUGGCUUGUUGGUUUAACAAUCAAACAGUCGAUAGUACUUUGUGCAAAGAAGACGAAAAUCCGAUUUCUAGACAAGAGUGCUACAAUGACAGGUGUAAAGCCGUGUGGUUGGUUCAUUUAUGGUCCGAGUGUAUGGCACCAUGCGAUGAGCAGGGGAACAAAUAUCGACUAUUAAAAUGUGUCUGGCAUGGGACAGAGAGACCUGCAGGAAAUGCCUGUGAAAAGCUUCCUCGACCAGCCGUUAAGAAAGCAUGCAGAGCAGAACCGUGCAUCUCAAACUCAUCAUCGUGGCGCAUAUCAAAUUUUAGUUGGACGCAUAUGAUUGUCAUCAGUAUGGGCUUCAAAUUUUAUUAUUAUUUACAAUUUUAAUCAAUUGAUUUUUGUUUACAUUUUUUCAGUUGCGCUUUUUAUAUGUCGCAUUGAAAAAUAAAAAAAUAAAUGAAAAAAAAGAGAAUAAAAAGAAAGCCAAUUCGUUUUUACGUUUUAAUUUUCAAAAUAAAUAAAUAUAGCGAAUGUGAAUUUACAGAAUUAUUUAAUGUGCAAAUGACUGAAUAAAUAAAUAAAGAACAAAAAAAAACACACACACAACGUGUUUUUCAAAUAUGCAUGUGAAAGUAUAAUGAAAUAAAAUUUAUAAACAAAAAAUAAUUGAAAUUUAAAGAAAUAAUAAUGAACACACACACACAGCUUUUGACUAUUAAUUGCAAGUCUCAUUUUUCGGUUGAAUUAAACUCUUUCAUUUCUGUAUUUGUUUCACAUUCAAUUUUAAGUUAAAAAUUGAAUUAUUAAAAUCAAUUUCGAAUAUGGUUAAUUGACGUCCAAUUUUCUCUUCAAAACCAGUAAUUAUAUUGUAAAAUCGAAUAAAAAAAUUUAUAAAUAAAAUUUGUAAAUAAAAAA